UUGAGAAAAUAACUGUCCUUGAUAAUUGAGCUAUCAGAUUUAAUUUUUAGCUACAAAAUCUUAAGGCCAUAUCCUCAACAAUAAAUUGCAUGUUUUCUCUUCAUCACCAAAAGUAAAGAAUUAUAAGAGUUGAAUCAACUCCCACACCUAUUGCCUCUUGCAAAACCAGAAGACCUCCUAUGGAACCCUUUUCCCAAAGAAAGACUCACUUCUCUCUCCCUGUGGACUCCGAUUUCAAAGCCACUGAAUUCCACCCACUCUCCUCCUCACCACCUCACAUGCUUGCCUUUCAUCUGGCAUGGCUGUCUCUUUUCUCUUGUUUCUUUUCCACCUUUUCCAUCCCUCCCCUUAUACCUAUUAUCCGCAACGAUCUUAACCUCUCCGUCACUGAUGUAGGCACUGCCGGUAUAGCUGCUUUCAUUGGCUCCAUCUUCUCCCGCCUUGCAAUGGGACCCGUAUGUGACCUCGUUGGUCCACGUAUUGCUUCCGCCACAGUCUCUCUCCUCACCGCACCAAUAGUUUUAGCCACGGCUUUUGUCUCGUCACUAACUUCGUUCAUUCUCAUUCGGUUUCUUGUAGGGUUUUGUUUGGCUAACUUUGUUGCUAACCAGUUCUGGAUGAGCUCAAUGUUUUCUAGCUCUGUUGUUGGCCUUGCUAAUGGAGUGGCAGCCGGAUGGGCUAACAUGGGAGCUGGGGUAGCUCAGUUAGUCAUGCCAUUGCUAUAUUCCCUUGUAAAAUCCUUCGACGUUCCAGAAAAUACUGCGUGGCGUGUCAUUUUUGUUGUUCCUGCUGUUUUCCAAGCUCUAACAGCAAUAUUGGUCCUGGUUUACGGCCAAGACCUGCCUUGUGGGAACUAUAGAGAUUCCAAAAAGACUUCAAACAAGCCAAAGGAUAACUUCUUAGAAAUUCUCUUUCAUGGCUUGUUGAACUAUAGAGGGUGGAUACUAGGUUUGAUAUAUGGUUAUUGUUUUGGGGUGGAGAUGACAAUGGAUAAUGUUAUUGCACAGUACUUUUACUAUAGAUUUGGAGUGAAUUUAGAGGUUGCUGGGACGAUUGCAGCUUGUUUUGCUUUGACAAACUGGUUCGCAAGGCCAAUGGGUGGGGUGUUGUCUGAUCGGAUGGCGAAGAGGUUUGGAAUCAGAGGCAGGCUAUGGAGUUUAUGGGUGGUGCAGACGGUGGCUGGUUUGCUGUGUGUUUUGCUGGGGCGACUUAACUCUCUGGGGGGUUCCGUUGCUGUGAUGUGCUUCUUCUCUGUGUUUGUUCAAGCAUCUUCUGGCCUCACGUUUGGCGUUGUUCCUUUCGUUUCCAAAAGGUCACUGGGAGUGAUAUCAGGGAUGACAGGAAGUGGAGGGACGCUGGGGGCUGUUGUAACACAGAUGCUGUUGUUCUCAGGGGAUAAAUUUUCAACUCAAACAAGCAUUUCUCUCAUGGGCCUUAUGAUGAUUGUUUGCACCCUUUCAGUCUCCUUAAUCUACUUUCCUCAAUGGGGAGGCAUGUUUUGCGGUCCUUAUUCCUUUGGUGAAAGUUCAGCUGAUGAUGAUUAUCGCCUGCUGGUAUAAGAUCUGCAUAUGAUAUUUACAAGCAAAAUGAAUGCUGGUUUCAGACAUAUCGGACCAAAUAUCGAAAAAAACGAGACAGAUUACAUGCUGGUACAAACUGGUGACAGUAUCAUUUGAAUAGACAGGGAGAAAUGUUAUCCUUGCAAGAAUAAGUAAAUAAGCGUCCAUUCAAGAACUGAAGCUACGAUCAGAAUGGUUGUUAGCAGGGUAACUUUAGUUUUGGCUUGCUAAUGAUGUAAAUGAGAUGAUAAUUGGCAAAACAUUAUGCAGACUACACAGUUAACCGAAACUGAAUUGAAAAAUAUC